AUGGUAAGAAAAUAUAAUCACAAAACACAUUUAUUUCUCAAUAUUAAGUUGAAGUUAAACUAUUUACCAAGAACUUGGGUAAGCAAAGCAUCAAGACCUGAAGCGAGAUUGUUAAGCAAUGGGUCUGCUAAAUUGUCAAUCUCAGUAAUGGUGUUGUUAAGCAAAGACAGGUCGACUGUCUUUUCAAGAGUUGCAUCGACACCAUCAAGAAUUUUCUCAAUCUUGGAAAGAACAUUAGUAAGAAGGUUCACUCCUAAAGCCGGAAGGGCAGCGAAAACGACAACCAUAAGGAAGGUGAUGAAUUGA